GCAGAGUGUGAGAAAAAAAUGUGCUUUGCAUGCAUGCAGUAGGACGACAAAAACUGAAUGCAAGUGCAAAAUUAAAAUGAAAUUCUACAAAUUUAUGUGAGUGACGCGUGCAACAAACUAAACAUACAUAGGCUGCAACUACUAUAAUUUCGGGGUGCAUCACAUGAGUUUCAUUAUUGACGGAGAAUAAUGAAUCGAUGAAUAUUUGCGUCAGCUGAUACGGCCGCCGCAUCUGCCUGCUGUCUGCGUAGUGAAGUGCCGACUGGUGCCAAAUCCUGAUUGCCAACAACUACAACAAUAACAACAACAACAACAACCGAAGCAGCAGCAGCAGCAACAACUAGAAAAGCUAAGCAAACCAUUUUUACCAGCAAACAUGUUAGCCUGAGGCAGACCAGACAACAUUUUUGGGCAGCCGCAUCAUCAGAUCGAACCCAGCUCAAAUAAAGGACUCGCUGCGCAGCACAAACCAUUGAGCGUAUGCCCAGAGAGCAUUCACGGUGAGAGAGAGAGAGAGAGAGAGCAAGCGAGCACGACCUGGCUGAGAGGAACUGAGGCAAGUUGCUUGGAGCGAUUUACUGUGUUGUUGCGUUGGUCAGCAUAAGAAGAGGACGAGAGGCGGGAGCAUACGGAAGUGGCGACAUCUGUUUUGCCGCUUUGUCAGCUUAUCCGGCAGCCGAUGGUGUAGCCGACGACAGUCGAACACAAGGACGACGAGAAGGAGCGAGCGACACGACAGGACUAACGGCAACGUGAAAUACAAGUGUGGAAAUUGGAAUUUUUAUUCAAAACAAUGCCCCUGCUGCAACAGUACGAGACGCCUGAUUGCACCGCUGCCGGCGGCAAUAUGCGUGCCUUGAGCGGCGCCAGUGCCAGUGAUAUACUGCAGAAGCAUUCGAUUAGCUCAAUACUGGAACAGCAUCAGCAUCAACAUCAACACCAACAGCAACAGCAGCAGCAGGAUCUGCUGAGCAGACGUGCCGAUGCCAGCGAUGGACUUAUAUCGUUCAUAAAUGAUCCAAUCACACUGAACGAUCUGCUUGGUUUGUGUGGCGGCAGCGGCCCUGCAAUCGCAGCCCAGGCAACAACAGCACCAGCCCCAACAAAAGUAGCAACAACGGCAGCAGGCAUUGCAAGCGGCGCCGGAGGUAACGGCAGCAGCAGCAGCAGCGGCGUUAAUAACUUGCUACUUGGCAAUUCGGCGACUGCUGCAGCUGCCGCUGUCGCUGCCACUGGCGAUUGCGGUCAAUUGUCGGCGACUGCAGUGUCCUAUGCACCACUGACACCGAGCUCAACUCAGUCCUCGGCCUCGCCAGGCACCAAGUCAAGUUUUGAUUACUUUCAGUUUGAAAAUGUUGCACAAAGUAACCCACUUAAGGCUUUCCAAAGAUCAAACAUCAGCUUCGAUUGCUCUGCACCCUUAUCGCCAAGUACGCCUUCAUCUAUUUACAAUCGCUCCUUUCACAGUUCACCUUUAGUCAGCGACAGCAGCAAUUCCUCCAGCGCCAAUGGUUUAUCGUUAGAUUCGAUUAAUAUGCUUUAUCAGCAGCAGAGCUACAGCAACUUGAGCGGCACUAACAGCGGUAAUCUCGGACUCAAUUUACAAAAUGCAUCCACGCGCUCAAAUUCACCGGAGAGUCAGAACAGCAAUCAAUCCUUCAACGAGCCAAAUCUCUUGGACAUGAUUAAUCUGCUCUCAGUGAACAGCAACAAGCUGGCUUCUUUGCAGCAACAGCAGCAGCAGCAGCAGCAACAUUUUCAACAGCAGCAGCAGCAGCAACAGCAGCAACAUUUGCAGCAACAACAAAAGCAGUUACAACAGCAACAGCAGCAACAGAAGCAGCUUCAACAACAGCAGCAACAGCAGCAGCAGCAACAGCAACAACAACAGCAGCAGCAGCUACAACAGCAACAACAACAACAACAGGCUCAUCAUCAUCAGCAGCAGCAGCAGCAACAACAACAACAACAACAGCAGCAGCAGCAGCAGCAAUUUGCCAACAUUAAUCGAAACUAUGAGUCGCAGCUGUUAAGUGGAUCGCAACAAAAUUUUGAUUUGAGCAACAACGAUUGCCUGAAUCAAUGUAGUCUAGAAAACUUUUCCAUUGUGGACAUGGAGCUGGCCAAGCUGCAGAAUCUGCAGCGCAUCAAUACGCUCAAAUUGCUGCAAGCACAAACGCAGCAAAUGCCGUUGCUUAAUCAACUGCUACAAAGCUAUGCAAGCAAUUUGCCUACUGCCGGCAGCUCAAACAGUCUUAAUAACACUUCAAGUGCUAGUUUGGGCAAUCUAGUGGGCGGUACUGGCAGCACUGUGGGCGUAGCGCCUAGUUCUAUUGGCAGUGCUAGUGACUGGCAUCUGGAUCGUGUCGCCAAGUUUUAUAAGAACUCGGCUGCAAUAUGUGAAGCAACAUGUACUUGGAGUGGCCAACUGCCGCCACGUUCGCAUCGCAUGUUGAACUAUUCGCCUAAAGUAUUUUUGGGUGGUAUACCGUGGGAUAUCAGUGAGCAAUCAUUAAUACAGAUCUUUAAACCCUUUGGUUCCAUUAAAGUGGAAUGGCCCGGCAAGGAGCAGCAGGCUGCACAACCCAAGGGAUAUGUGUACAUAAUUUUCGAAUCUGAUAAACAGGUGAAAGCCUUGCUCUCAGCUUGCGUAUUGCAAGUUGAUGAUUCGCAUAGUGGCAGCAAUUAUUUCUUUAAGAUUUCCUCUCGGCGCAUCAAAUCUAAAGAUGUGGAAGUAAUACCCUGGAUUAUAGCCGAUUCCAACUAUGUACGCUCUAGUUCCCAAAAACUGGAUCCCACUAAAACGGUUUUCGUCGGCGCCCUGCACGGCAAACUAACUGCCGAGGGCUUGGCAACAAUAAUGGAGGAUCUAUUUGAUGGUGUACUCUAUGCUGGCAUUGACACGGACAAAUACAAAUACCCAAUUGGCUCCGGGCGAGUUACUUUUAGCAACUUUCGUUCGUAUAUGAAGGCUGUAUCGGCUGCCUUCAUUGAAAUACGCACCACCAAAUUUACAAAGAAAGUUCAGGUGGAUCCAUAUCUGGAAGAUGCUUUAUGUUCAAUUUGUGGUGUGCAGCACGGGCCUUACUAUUGUCGUGAAUUGUCUUGUUUUCGUUACUUUUGCCGCAGCUGUUGGCAAUGGCAACACAGCUGUGAAAUUAUUAAGAAUCACAAGCCCUUGACACGUAACUCAAAGUCGCAAACUCUGGUGGGCAUUGGACCUUCGACGUCCUCCUCCACGAUUUCGUUGGCGUCUUCGGGUAACCGCAUGAAUAUGGAUCAGAAACUGCAGCAACAUGGUCAUCACAAUAACCAACAGCAGCAGCAACCGCAGCAGCAACAGCAGCAGCAACAGCAGCAGCAACAGCAGCAGCAACAGCAGCAGCAACAGCAGCAGCAACAGCAGCAGCAGCAACAACAGCAACAGCAGCAGCAGCAACAAAAACGUAUUCAGCUUCAGCAACAUGCCAAUCAGCAGGCAAACAACUUGAACCUUUUGUCAAAUGCAGGCACCAACAACGCGGCAGCCAACUCAUUGUACAAAUAUCAGCAACAUCAGCCGACGAUAUAAGCGUGUAUCUACUCCAAACUUUGUGCGCACUUUUAGCGUGCCGUUUUAACAUAGUUCCAUAUUUAAGUUCAUCAUGGGAUGUAAUUUUGAAUUUUAAGUGAUACCAAAAUUUUUGCACUUUUAGGCAACAGGAAGCUUAACCUUUCCGAAUGGACAGAUUUGGACGAAAAUUAUUUGUGUUGCACACCCAAUCACAAUGAACCUUGUAAAGUUACUCAUUUAUUUGAUGUAUUUACUUAAACGGUACGAUAUUUAGUAUAUGUA